AGGAGGAGGGGCAGGAGGCGGGCAUUUCUUGUUAAAAGGCUCCAGAAUUGUGUACCAGGCAGAGAGAACUGAAAUACUGGGGCCUCUUCCACCGGUCAGAAUCACUAGAUGACCCUGCCCCCUGGAUUUUCGAAGAUCUCACCAUGCGACGCCCCCCACCUGGCUCAGUGAUGACCUGGAUGUUUCUGUUCUUGCUUUGGGAAGACUGGGCAGGACACUCCAGAGCACAGGAUUCCAAGGUGCUGGAGGGUCAGGAGUGCCAACCCCAUUCGCAGCCUUGGCAGGCAGCCUUGUUUCAAGGAAACCAACUGCUCUGCGGAGGUGUCCUUGUAGGUGCCAACUGGGUCCUCACAGCUGCUCACUGUAAAAAACCGAAAUAUACGGUGCGCCUGGGAGACCACAGCCUCAGAAGUAAGGAUGGGCCAGAGCAAGAAAUGGCUGUGCUUAAGUCCAUCCCACACCCCUGCUACAACAGCAGCAACAGUGAGAACCACAACCAUGACCUAAUGCUCCUUCAACUACGUGGCCGGGCAUCACUGGGGGCCAAAGUGAAGCCCAUCAGCUUGACAGAUCACUGUGCCCAAGUUGGCCAGACGUGCACCAUCUCAGGCUGGGGCACUAUUACCAGUCCCCAAGAGAAUUUUCCUGACACCCUCAACUGCGCAGAAGUAAAAAUCAUUCCCCAGAAGAAGUGUGAGGACGCCUACCCAGGGCAGGUCACAGAAGGCAUGGUCUGUGCUGGCAAAAGCAAUGGUGCUGACACAUGCCAGGGUGAUUCUGGUGGCCCCCUGGUGUGUGAUGGGGUACUCCAGGGCAUCACAUCCUGGGGCUCAGAUCCCUGUGGGAUGCCCCAGAGACCAGGUGUCUAUAGCAACGUCUGCCGCUAUCUGGACUGGAUCAAGAAAACCAUGGGGGGCAAGAGCACAUCCUAGGAUAAGCCCUGGAUCCCCCUCAAUAAACUUCA